AAAGAUGCGUCCCCUAAAAUCUGUAAAUUUCUCAUUGGUUCUCACAUACAAAUUGCAACAAAAAGGAAAAGGGCCAUAAUUGCACUGAGAUUUUAUUUUAAUGGUAGAUAACAAUAUAAACAAGAUCCAAUCUUUCAUACUUGUCAAAUUGUUGGGAACUUGGGUUUCAAACCUGUAGAAGCCGAUAGGUGAAAGAGUAGGCGUUCAGUGCCACCAACAAGCUGUCAGCCCCAUGUUCGCUCUCCUUUCUCCUUGACCUGUAAGAGUGGCCCCAAAAAGGGGCCCAACACAAUCCCCAUCAUAUCUCUUCACCCUAAAAAGCAUGCAGGCAGUUAAAUAUCACGUGUAUAAUGGACCCUCUGAUGACCCACUGAUCCUUCUGUCUUCGUCUCCAAUGAAUCAACAUGGGCCAGUGUCCUUUCUGACUGAAUCUGAAACUAGAUACGCAAUGUUAAAUUCCGACAAUAAUAGGAUUGGAGAGUAACCUCAUCAUUAAUGUCAGUGAGACACAAGCAUAUGCAUACCAGUCAUAGAAGGCAGAGGAAGACGUUUUCCGGCCAAGGCCUUACCUUAUUUUCUAAAAAUGGGAAAGUAUCCUUAACAAGGUUAAUGAGAGAGAAAAGUUUGAGGUUUACAAACUGUUUGUCUUUCGUGAAAAAAGGUUGUGGUUUCAACUGUUUAAAAAAGUGCAAAGAUUUAUGAAAUCUUUUUUUUUUUUUUCCCGGUGACUUUCCUCUUCAACUUGGCAUAUUACUGAUGGCUUCUUCUCUUAACGAUUGAAACAAAAAGAAAAUCCCGAAACUCUUCCCUAAGUAGACAGUCUUCAUACGUAUUCUCCCAACUGAAGUCUAGUUGACUCGGCCACUAAAAUCUUAAUCUCCCUUUAAAUCCACCUCCAGUUCAGCAUUUUCUAGGUCCUCCUAUACCCCUGCUGCUUUUGCUCUUUAGAAAUAACAAAAACAUGCUGCCACUCCUUUCAUCUUUAACUUCAGAGACUUGUACCCAGAGAAAAUUAAGAUAUCCACCAGUUAGCUUCCUCAGACAAAACAACAUGCUUUCCAUUCGAAGCUUCAUGAUUUUGUUCCUGAGCUGUAUUGCUUUGAGGAUGAAUCUGUGCUUCAAUGGCAUCCCUUCUUCACUAAAGAUGCUUUCCAUCAACGGGCAUUUUGAAUUUGACAAAGUGCAAUAUGCCGCCAGAGAUUUUGGUAAUAGAUAUCAAUACUACCCAGCUGCAAUACUGCAUCCAUCCUCAGUUUCUGAUAUUGCCAUGACCAUAAAGCAUAUUUGGAAGAUGGGGCCUCGUUCAGAGCUCACAGUUGCAGCUAGAGGCCAUGGCCAUUCACUUCAUGGCCAAGCACAGGCCCACCAAGGAGUCGUGAUUAACAUGGAAUCACUCCAGGGCCCUCAAAUGCAGGUUCACACCAGAGACUUUACAUACAUCGAUGUUCCUGGAGGGGAGUUAUGGAUAAAUAUCCUGCACGAGAGCUUGAAAUACGGAUUAACACCAAAAUCAUGGACAGACUACCUACAUCUAACGGUUGGGGGUACUUUAUCCAAUGCAGGGAUCAGUGGACAGGCAUUUCGACAUGGUCCUCAGAUCAGCAACGUCCAUCAGCUGGAGGUUGUAACAGGGAAAGGAGAUGUGGUGAAUUGUUCAAAGGAACAGAACAGUGACCUCUUUUACAGUGUUCUUGGAGGAUUAGGCCAGUUUGGAGUUAUCACACGGGCAAAAAUUCUGCUUGAACCAGCACCAGCAAAGGUAAAAUGGAUAAGAGUGUUGUACUUGGACUUCACAACAUUUUCCAGAGAGCAGGAGCUUUUAAUAUCUGCAGAAAAUACAUUCAACUACAUUGAAGGAUUCGUGAUAAUAAACAGAACUGGUCUUUUAAAUAAUUGGAGAUCAUCGUUCAAUCCACAAGACCCAGUUCAAGCUAGCCAGUUCAAGUCUGAUGGCAAAAUUCUUUACUGCCUGGAAUUGGCAAAGUACUUUAACCACAACGAGGGCAACAUUGUCGAUCAGGAAGUAAAGAGCUUGUUGUCUCGGUUAAGUUACAUCCCAUCAACACUUUUCAUAUCAGAAGUUACAUAUGUUGAAUUUCUUGAUAGAGUUCAUGUAUCAGCCGUCAAACUACAGUCAAAAGGCUUGUGGGAAGUCCCACACCCAUGGCUGAAUCUCCUUGUUCCGAAAAGCAAAAUAGAAAAAUUUUCAGAAGGGGUUUUUGGCAAUAUCCUGAAGGAAACAAGCAAUGGCCCCGUCCUAAUCUAUCCGGUUAACAAAUCAAAGUGGGACAAUAGAACUUCUGUAGUUAUUCCAGAGGAGGACAUUUUCUACCUGAUCGCGUUUCUAACCUCUGCAGUUCCUUCUUCUAAAGGAAAUGACGGCUUAGAAUACAUCUUAACCCAGAACAUGAGAAUUCUGGAAUUCUGUAAAACAGCCAAUCUAGGAGCGAAACAAUAUUUGCCACAUUACACUACAAAGAACGAAUGGAAGGCCCAUUUUGGUCCAAUGUGGGAAACAUAUGUACAGAGAAAAACAGCUUAUGACCCUUUGGCAAUACUUGCUCCAGGUCAAAGAAUAUUCCAAAAGGCAAAACCCUUGUCAUGAUGGUUCCCACACUUGAACUUAAAAAGCAGAAGCCACCACAAAUUGCAGGAACCGUCUGCUGUGCUGUAGAUUUAUUAGUAUAUUCUGCGCCUUUUUCCCCUAAAGUAUAGGUUAACAAGGUAACUGCAGGAUAAUUCAAAUUUUAUUAAAGAAGGUGUCAAAUAGAAUAUGGAUUUAUUAACUAAAUUUGGAAAGGGCGAUGAACAGUGGAACAAUGAUAGAUGUAUAUAUCAAUUUUGUAGUAUCAUACAGCAUUACCUACGAUAGAUCCGGGAAAACAAUGUCAUUUAUCAUUUUACAAGAUAUUGAUAGUUCAGAAACUACCUUGAUUGGAAAAGUACCAAUUUAAACUAAUGAGCAAGUAAAAUUUUUAUUUACCCAA